AUGGCUGAGUACCUUCACACCGGAGACCUAGGCCGUUUCGAGGGAGUCCUCGCUGCUCUAUGGACGGCUAGCUUUACUAUUAUGGGCCCGGAAUUCAUAAACCUUAUAGCCGCUGAAGCGAAACGACCACGAGUCCACAUCAAGAACGCUUUCAAGGUUAUAUACUGGCUGCCAUCAGUUUGCGGGACUUCCGCAUCUCAUCAACGCCCCCCUCAUCACCACGAUCUUCUCGGCUGGAAAUACAUACAUGUACUGUGCGAGCCGAAGUCUAUAUGGCCUGUCCUUGGACAGCCAUGCACCAAGAACGGUGUCCCGAUAUACUGUGUGAUCGUCGUGAUGUGCUUUCCCCUACUGUCCCUUCUUUCCCUUGGAAAUGGGUCUUCGCAGGCGCUCACUUGGCUCAGCAAUCGUAUCACUGCUGGCGCUAUCAUCGACUACAUUGUUGUCUGCGUUACCUACAUUUUCUUCUACCGAGCCUGCCAAGCACAGUCCGUAGAUCGCAAGACUUUCACCUAA